CCCAGUUUUGUAAAACACUAAGUGGAGUGCCCAAAGUGGUAGUUUUAAAUUUGAUGAAUUAAAGUUUUUCAUUUUUUUCUCUCUCUUAUUUUUUUCUCCUGGUUUUACCAUAGAAACUGACUGGUUUUUUUCCGGCAUUGACUAUGCUCUGAAACCAAAGCUGACCCAGAACAACAUAACGGUGUUUCUGGGUUUUUUUUAUGUUGAGGAUGUUAGGUGGAGAUUGGGUGAUUUGGGAGGAAAGGAUAAAGCAAUGGGGUGGGAAUUUUUUCUUGAGAAUAUUGGAAUUUUGGUGAUUUUCCUGGAAAUUUUUCAGGAAUUGGACCUUCUUUAGAAUUUAAAGUAUUUUUUUCCAAGAAUAAAAAGUGGAAGAAAGAGCUGGUUCAAGGAUUUUUGCGUUACAAUCCAAGAUGAAUUUUGGUGAAGAUUUUUCAAUUCCACAGGGAAAAGAAUUCGAGUUUACGGGUUCUUGGAUACCGGUAACCCCACAAAAGCCUAUCCCAACAGGAUCGAAUCCGAUCCAGGUGAACGGGCAAGGGAACCAGUUUGGAAAAGAAAAUUGGCAGGAACUUGCUGAAUUUCCUACGGGAUAUGUUCAAGAUAUCCUAAAUAACAAUGGAGUUGCUCACAGUUUCAACCAGGAUCAAUAUUUUGGCAGCAUAAAUUUAGCAAAGAAUAACAGGAUGAUCAAUAACAUUGCAGGUUCUUAUAGACUUGUUCUUCAAAAUGAAAGCUCGAGUUGGAAUGAUCAUACCUGGGCAAAUCUUCUGGCAACCAGAAAUGCCGCAGAUGGUUUUGCCUCUGCAAACAGAAUCGCCAGCUUAGGCAGCGGUAAUACACUGCCAAUUCCGAAUUUGCAUCCUCAAGAAGAAAACUGGAGACGUUCCAGCUCACACCAAUCCUCAAGUUCGCACUUCAUGAGAAAUACCGACGGCUUCCUCCAGAUGCCGCAAUAUGGAUUUCCGAUACCUUCUAUGCCAAUCUGCAAUUUAAACUCACCAGCGAGGACAGAAGUCGGUGCACCCUCUCAUUUCAACACCUCAUUUCAAUCCUUGCUAGCAACACCAGAUCAAACAGAGAAGACAAGGAAGCAGAAUCCUGCAGCAGACGAAAACUCAGUUUCUGAAAAGGAGCAGGAAAGUAUAAUUGUAUGCAAUAAAAAGGAAUUUUCUCAACAGAACCGUGAUCUCUUACAGAAUAUUGUCGAUUCAUCAUCUGUGAUCAUUUCAGCACCAAUGGAGGAAAAGGACUCUGAAAGGGGAAGUGUCCAAGGUAUAGAUCUGAAUAAGACUCCCCAGCAAAAACCACCUAAACGAAGAAAACACAGGCCCAAGGUUAUUGUGGAAGGCAAACCCAAAAGAACUCCAAAGCCGACCACUACAGCAAACGUCAACUCCAAGGACAACCCAAGUGGGAAGAGGAAGUAUGUACGCAGGAAAGGUCUGACAGAACUAGCAACUCAACAUGCAGAUCCAACAAAGGCGUCUGACUCAACUGCUGGAACUCCAGCGAAGAGGAAGUAUGUACGCAAGAAAAGGCCAAAAGAACCAGCUGAUGAACUGAUAGAUUCUGCAAACAAAUCUGCUUGUGAUGCUGGGAUAACUAUUAGGGGGAAAUGCAUGCACGAGACCAACCAGAAAGAAUCAGCAAGUCCGCAAGGAGAUUGCAUAAGGGACUCUGAUCCUAGUCCCGUGUGUGCUCCAAGAUCCUGCAGAAGAGCAUUGAAUUUUGACUUGGAAAACACUGGAAAUGGAAGUCUGGCUGGUAUACUUAAUCACCAAGAGAUGCUCAGUAGUAAGUCCUCUGAAUCUCGCUCCAUGGGAUUUUCCAGUGUAGGGAAUAGUGGGUUUAAAACAAGAUUCACUACACAGUCUAAUCAACAGAGUGGAUUGGCUGUGGAAAACCCACAACUACAAGCUGAAUGUAGUCACUCCCCCUUCAUGAAGAAAAUGAUGCCAAUUGAUUACAUGUCCCUGCCAGGUAUCACAGCAGCUACAGCCUCCCGACUUCAAGCAAAGGAGCUGAUGGAAAAUGUAAAUGUCAUGGCAAGGAAUGCAAACAUGUAUGACAUUGAUUUGAACCAAAAUAGCUACAGAAAUGGGUACACUUCCGCACAGCAAGCUAUCCAAUUUGUUUCACAAAGAAGAAACUGGGAAAAUAUUGAUGGGACCAAGGAAUUCAUGUUUGAAGGACACCCUCAGUCAGUAGCAACAGUUUUGUCCAACUUUAAUGAAGGUAGGGGAUCCAAGAGAGAUCACUAUCAUGCCAUUGAGCAGGGACAAUUCAGCACAGCAGGUACUGUGAGUUCCUUGCUAUCCCAAGCGAUAUUCCAAGCGGAUGAAGGUUAUAGAAAUGGCUGCAGUAAUGAGGCAGCCUUUCCCCAGGCUUCGAAAAGAAGGAUAAUUGAGGAUGAAUUCCAUGCAUAUAAGUACGGAAUGAAGUGUUCAGUGUCGCAUGCUGCAGGACUACUUCAAACAGAAGGCACAAAUGAUGUUAAUGCAGGAAAAUUUACAUCACUGAGAGAUUGUGGAACAUCUGAUCCCCAUUUUCGAAGUGAUAGCAUAGACAGGAGAAAAGGUAGCGUGUUUAGCCAACUCACAGGGAACAGGUAUGUAAACUCUACAGCUGGUGAUCUGACUUCUUCAAAGCAAAAUAUUUUGUCCCAACUGCAUUCAGGCAUCGAAAAAGUAGGAAACAUAAAUGGGUUAGCUCUAGUCCAUAACUUAGCCACAAUUGAGAACCGCAAUCUUCUUCUACCAACUACCCCUGAGAAGGUCCCUACACCUCGAACUGGAUUGGUUGGCCAAACAUUCCAUACCAAUGUUUCAGAAAACAAGAAAAGAGAACCUGGUCUGCCCAGAAAUGUUCCAUUCACAGUUGGAAAGAUGGUGCAAGAAAAGAAACAAGUGUCUGAGAACCAGCAGUCCACCAAAGCAAGAGGGCCAUCAGCAAAACAUGUAUCUCUCAAUCCAGUCGAGGAGAUAAUUAAUAGAUUCAAGGGUCUCACUCUUGAAGAAAAGAACAACAAACCCAAGGCAGAACUGCAGAAUGCACUUGUUCUAUACAAUGGAGCUGGAACAGUUGUCCCUUUUGAGGGGUUUGAGUCUAUCAAGAAAAAAGUACGACCUAGAGUGGACCUUGAUCCAGAGACAAAUAGGGUAUGGAAUUUGUUGAUGGGAAAGGAGGGAGAAGACACUGAAGGAACAGAUAAGGAAAAAUGGUGGGAAGAAGAAAGGAGAGUUUUUCAUGGCAGAGUUGAUUCAUUUAUAGCAAGAAUGCAUCUUGUACAAGGAGAUAGGCGCUUCUCAAAAUGGAAGGGAUCUGUGGUGGAUUCUGUAAUAGGAGUCUUCCUAACCCAAAAUGUUUCCGACCACCUGUCAAGCUCUGCCUUCAUGUCUCUAGCAGCAAAGUUUCCUUUGAAGUCAUCAUGCAAAGGAGACUGCAAUGCGGAGAGAACAACAAUACUAAUUGAAGAACCAGAAGUGUGUGAACUGAAUUCAGAAGAAACCAUCAAAUGGCAUGAAAAGCCAUUCAGGCAUCAACUUGACAGCCAAAGCUCCAUGACUCCCAACAGGUCAACAGAUUACCAGAGGAACAGUGAGUAUUCAGGUAUAGAGAGAACAAGCUUUAUGGGAACAUAUAGUCAAAGCUUGGAGGAAGAAGUGCUAUCAUCGCAAGGUUCUUUUGAUUCCUCAGUUAUUCAAGCAAAUGGAGGAAUUAGAACCUACUCAGGCUCCUACUCAGAAACAGAAGAUCCUACUAUGAGCUGCAAAUUCCUCAGCAUUCAUGGUUCAACCCUUGACCAGAUAGAGAACAGUGCCUCAGUUGAGGAAUUUUACCAUUGUGCAAGUGGGAGCUCACAACUUCAAGAAGGAAUAAAAUAUAAACAGUCAGAAGUUACAGAAGAGGGGCAGACAUCAAGGCUGGAAAGAACAGAGAAUCUCAAAUGGUCUUCCUCAUUCAAUCAAGAUAACAACUUUAGAAAUCAACAAUUUCGGGUACAAGCGUUUGGAGCGAGCAGCCAUCCCCUACACAUGACUUUGGAGUCUGAACCAUGGGAAGGAGAAGGCCUUGAACCUUUCAGAGAAGAGUGCAUGUCUUCCUGGGCUUCAACUGCUUCUGGACUCAACAAGCCAAAACAACCAGGUCAAAAUGGAGGUAAAAUCAUGGUCCAACACAAUGGACAACCAAUAAGUCAAGAUAUGGCCAUGACAACCUUGAAUACCUUAUCAGGUGAGCACGUAAUGCACCAAAAAGAAGUCCAUACUAGAAGUAAUCAACUUUGCAACAAUCAUCAAGAAAAGAGGAAGGACUUCCAAUCAGAAAGCACAUCAGUCACAAUGCCUCCAACCACUGAUGCAGUAGCUAAGAUGCAGAAAAGUACCUCAUUAUCUGCUGCAAAUACCCACAAGCUCACAGAAAGACCUUCUGAUAUUGAAAGGAUGACGGCAUCAGAUAAGGGCAAAGCUACAGAAAACAGAGAGGUUCAAUCCAAUGCAAAGGAACCAAUGCAUUCUUCUGAAAACCAGCUUGGAGAAAGUAGCAGCUUAAAGCCCAAAAGAAGAAAGGCUCAGGAAGGGAAAAAUAAUGCAACUGACUGGGACCAGUUGAGGAAACAGGUGCAGGCCAAUGGUUUAAAAAAGGAAAGAAGCAAAGAUACCAUGGAUUCCCUGGAUUAUGAAGCAAUGAGAAACGCUAAUGUUAAUGAGAUUUCUAACACCAUCAAAGAAAGAGGGAUGAACAACAUGUUAGCAGAACGAAUCAAGGAUUUCUUGAACCGACUGGUUAGAGACCAUGAAAGCAUUGAUCUGGAAUGGUUAAGAGAUGUCCCCCCUGAUAAAGCAAAGGAUUAUCUUUUAAGCAUACGGGGAUUGGGGCUGAAAAGCGUGGAGUGUGUACGGCUUUUAACUCUUCACCAUCUUGCUUUUCCAGUUGACACAAAUGUUGGACGAAUAGCAGUUAGGCUGGGAUGGGUUCCUCUCCAACCACUGCCUGAGUCACUACAGUUGCACCUCCUAGAAUUGUACCCAAUACUGGAGUCAAUUCAAAAAUAUCUCUGGCCAAGAUUAUGCAAACUUGAUCAAAAUACAUUGUAUGAACUACAUUAUCAAAUGAUUACAUUCGGAAAGGUGUUCUGCACAAAGAGUAAACCAAAUUGCAAUGCAUGUCCAAUGAGAGGGGAAUGCAGGCACUUUGCAAGUGCUUUUGCAAGUGCAAGGUUCGCACUACCGGGACCUGAAGAGAGAAGUAUAACAAGUUCAACUGCUCCAAUGAUCUCUGAGACAAACCCUACCAGAGCUGGGAAUCAAAUUCCAUUACCUCCGCCAGUGCAUAACUUGCUUAAAGUAGGGCCUAAUGUUGGCAACAAUGAACCUAUCAUUGAGGAGCCUGCAACACCUGAACCAGAGCAUGCAGAAGGAUCAGAGAGUGAUAUUGAAGAUGCAAGCUAUGAUGAUCCAGAUGAAAUUCCCACAAUAAAACUCAACAUUGAAGAGUUCACAGCAAACCUACAGCAUUACAUGCAGGGCAAUAUGGAACUCCAAGAAGGGGACUUGUCAAAGGCUUUAGUAGCUUUGAAUCCUGAUGCUGCUUCUAUCCCUACUCCAAAAUUGAAGAAUGUAAGCAGGCUACGAACAGAGCACUAUGUAUAUGAGCUUCCAGAUAAACAUCCUCUCUUGAAACAGAUGGAAAAGCGGGAACCUGAUGAUCCUAGCCCCUAUCUUCUUGCAAUAUGGACACCAGGUGAAACUGCAAACUCAAUUCAACCACCAGAACAAAGUUGUGGGUCCCAGGAACCAGGAAGACUGUGCAAUGAGAAGACCUGCUUUGCUUGCAACAGUGUAAGAGAAGCUAACACUGAGACAGUCCGAGGAACCAUCUUGAUACCUUGUAGAACUGCAAUGAGAGGAAGCUUUCCCCUAAAUGGGACUUAUUUUCAAGUUAAUGAGGUCUUUGCAGAUCAUGAUUCAAGCCUCAAUCCAAUCGACGUUCCAAGGGAAUGGAUUUGGAAUUUACCAAGACGAACUGUAUACUUUGGAACAUCUGUAUCAUCAAUAUUUAAAGGACUUUCGACCGAGGGAAUUCAGUACUGCUUUUGGAAAGGAUUUGUUUGCGUAAGGGGAUUUGACCAAAAAACUCGAGCACCCCGGCCACUAAUGGCCAGAUUGCACUUUCCUGCCAGUAAGCUGGCCAAGAUGAAGACUGAAAACAACAAAUGAACCAGCCAUAAAACAAAGAUGAUUGUUACCGCAAGGUACCAACUAGUGUUGAUCCGUAAAGGUAACUAAAAUAGCCAACCAGUAUCUGCCCUUACAGAGAACAAAAAUUUGCAGCCGUAGCAGAGAAGAAAUUUUUUAACUGACAUUGUUGUACACAAUUGUUCUUUGUCUAACAUGAGAUGUAACAUGAGAUGCAUUUACCCAUGUUAGCACAUCAGAACGAACUGUUUGUUAGUGAAAUUUUGAACCCCAUGGUAAGUGGACCAAUGUAGUCUGUCAAUUUAACAAAACUGUGAUGUUAUUUAAAUUCAUGCUCUAAAGAGAGCCAUUUUUUCAAUAA